AUGCACCAUCCAAGUGCUACCCAGGUCUCCGUAAUGGACAUCUUCUUCCCUGGCUUCGCUGGCGGCAUGACGGCGCUGAACCAGCUUUUCAACGGCACUUUGGAUAGCUUUGCCAUGACGUUGUGCGUCUGCGGACUGCUCAUUUUUGGUGGCAAGUUCAUAUCAUCUAGAACCGACGUCCACGAUCCUGACGAGAUGUACGAUAUGCUCGAAUACUGGGUCUCUUCCCAAGACUUUGCCAAAAAGGCCCGUUCAUCUCUUGCCAGCGUUGACAGCAGGCGAGGACGUGCCUUGCUUCAUCCAGACUGCGACAUGACGACCAAGAAGCCCCUCCGAUUUACCCCGUGGAAAGAACGAGUGUAUUUUUGGCACAGAGGGCAUCUGCUCUAUCUGCAAUGCACGCAAAACGAGGUGGCACUAUUUCCUCGCAAGACAAUGACUGUUUCUUGUGUUGGCGGUUCCUCCCAAGUCCUACGAAACCUCAUGGGUGAAUGCCGCCUUGAAUACCUGAAGAUGUCAGAAAAAAAGACUUCAAUUUUCGAGCAUCACAACAACGGCUGGAAAAGAAUCAUGACCCGAGAAAUCAGGCCGAUCCAAACCGUCAUUAUGAAGGAAGAGUUGAAGCAAACGCUCCUGGACGACAUUCGCGACUUCCUCGACUCCAACACUCCUUCCUGGUACGCCGAUCGCGGGCAGCCAUACCGGAGAGGCUACCUGCUGUACGGCCGCCCAGGAACCGGAAAGUCGAGCUUCAGCAUGUCGGUUGCCGGGUGCUUCGGUCUCGAUAUCUAUGUCGUUAGUCUUGCCGACAUCGACGAUAUGAGGCUUAAGGCCUUGUUCGCCGACCUUCCCCGGCGCUGCGUCGUUUUGCUUGAGGACGUUGACGCAGUUGGCACAACACGAGCUCGCGAUGCCGAUAACGAUAAAUCUGAUUUGGGCACAGAUAUGUCACAAAGCCCACCAAAGCCUCAUGGACCUCUUUCAUUGUCUGGAUUACUUAACGUCCUUGAUGGCGUGGCUUCGCAGGAUGGCCGUGUUCUUAUUAUGACAACGAACCACAUUGAGCACUUGGACGACGCUCUGAUACGACCUGGCCGCGUCGACAAGAAAAUCGAGUUCGGACUCGCCGAUGCGGAGGUGAUUCGGCAGCUGUUCUGUACUGUUUUCGAAUACUCAGAAAAGGAGAUGCCUGAUGCAGAGACCCGAGACAAGAAUAACGCUGGUGGGAUCGCCGUCGAGCGCCUUGACCGAUGCGGAAGGAUGGUUGCUCAGAACCAGAAAGGCUGGAACACUUAG